GACAGCUGGACUUUUCAGCAUCAUCUACGUGUUCUUUCAAAGCUUCUGAAAGUGCUGCAACACUUUACAUAACACAUAAUUAAUUUAAUUUUGUUUCGUUUUCUUCUUGACUCAUUUUGUGGGCGGUCUGCUUUGUCACGCUUCCUUGUUUAUGUUUUAUCGGAGUUUCCACACGGCUGUUCCGCCCGUCCGUCGAGCCUGUUUGGUCACCGCGCUGGCCGAUGGGACUUGUUGUUCUAGGAGUUCGGUGACUGCGUCGUGCUGCAUGGCCAGGUAUACGUCUAUAAAACUACAUUUCCCCUGGACAGCCCGCUUCAUGGUUGUUAACGGAUAACCUUAGGCUUGGGUAUACUGCAAUUCUCUGGAGCUGCUUGUAAACAGCUGCCUCGUCGUUGGGCGUAAAACACCGAUCCCUGUUUAUUGCUGACAACUGACAGAAAUGUCAGAGACGUCAAGUGAUGCAGAGUCGUCCUGUGGCUGGACUAUUAUCAAUAAUGAGGGUUCAGAUAUCGAGACACUGGGAUCAGAGGUGGUGGUGGAGUACGGAACUGAGCUGUUAGAGCGCCAUCUAGUGGAAGAGACAAAGCUGCAGGAUGCAAAGACCGCUGCAUCUGCUGCUGAAUGUGGUGAGGAGAGCAUUGCUGAUUCACUUGAUGACACUCUGGGGGAAAAACCUGUAGAGACGCUGUGUGCCUCUGAGACUGGAAACGCCACAACAGGGCACCAGAAUGUGAGUCCGUUGUCCUCCAGCGAUCACUCGGAUAUUGUGACUCUCAGAGACUUAAAGGAGGACGAGCAUGUUGAGGCGGGUGAAGACGCAGCAACCAAUGAGGAGUUCUACCUUGGCACCUCCUGCAGCAGCCAGUACGCCUUCACUGCUGCUGAGACUGUUUUCCCGGUGCAGCAGCCUGCAGUGACAAACUCCAGCAGCAGUGAAGAUGAGGCAGGGCGAAGCAGUGGUACUGUUGUCCGAAGACGAAGGUUGAGGAAGAAUACCACAAGCAUUGUGACUGAGCCUGAGGAGGAGGAGGAGGAGGCUCUGGAGUCAGGCCAGAGUGAGAAAGAGGAGGAGGAUGAGGAAGAUGACGGCGAGCAGGAGGAGCAGGCUGAAGCAAGACCCCAUGCCGCUGCUCUGGAUGGCCAAAAUGUGCAAGUGCAGGGCAGCAGCAUCCUCAACAAAUGUAUCCUGAUCGCCCUCGUCGUAGCCAUCAGCAUGGGCUUUGGACACUUCCAUGGCACAGUGCAGAUUCAGGAAAGACAGAAAUCUGUGGAGAAAAUCCAAGUGAAUGACCUUGAUGGUGUGAGAGAUCUGAUUCACCGACAUGUCAGAGAACAACACUUUACGAACCAGAGGGGUGACUUUGGCCUGGAUGACCUGGAUGACAAAAAACUAAUUUCGCUACUCACAGAGGUGAUUGAGAAGAUGAAGAGAGAGAACCACGAGCUCAUCAUCCAACAAGCUCACAUUCAGGCCCAGAGAGAUGACCUGGAGAUGUUGCUGAAACAACAGGCUGAGGAGAGAAGUAACAUUGUGUCUCAGCAGCAGAGGUUGACAGCUGAGAACCUGCAGCUGAAAAACUCCCUUGAACAUGAAGAAAAGACCCUGUCCACCUUACAGGAGGAGCUGAGGAACCUGCGAAACAAGAUCAGAGAUUGGGAGGAGUCGGGAACCGUUACCGACUCGCUGCUGUCAGAGAACCAGAGGCUGAAAGAUCAGCUUGAGGAGGAGAAAGAGCUGAUCCGAAGCUUCCACGGCCAGAGGGAAGACAUGAUGGCGGAGGCACAGGCACUGAGGAAGAAGCUCGACAGGGAGAGGAAGGUUACAGAUGAGCUGAGGAUGGACUUAAAUGAGCUUAGAAGUCGCAUCGUCGGAGCUGGAAAGGGAGCUGGUUCAGAGUCUGAAGAGCUUCAGUCGCGUCUGAUGGAGCUGGAGAAGAGACUGCGCUUCGAGCAGCAGCGCUCCGACCUGUGGGAGAGGCUGUAUGUGGAAACCAAAGAGGAAAGAGCCAAAGGAGACACAGAGCCUAAAAUGAAGAAACCAAAGCCAGGUAUGGCAGGAAAGGUGAAAGAGACAUUUGAUGCUGUGAAGAACUCCACAAAGGAGUUUGUCCAUCACCACAAAGAGCAGAUAAAGAAAGCAAAGGAAGCCGUGAAGGAGAACCUGAGGAAGUUUUCAGAUUCCGUCAAAUUAACCUUCCGAAACUUCAAGGAUUCGGCUUCCACCUUCUUCAACAAAGCCAGAGGUUUUUAUGGUAAGGGAAGUCAUGAGAAGAAAUCAAAAGAGUCGUGGCAGCACAGAUUCCACAAGCCUCAUCACAGACAUGCACACAGUUUCGAUGACUCCUUCCAGAGCAGCCACAACACUCGGAAAUCAGGAGGUAAAGUUCACGAAGAUCGAGGUCAUAACAGCCACAAGUCCAACUUGAAAGGAUGCUCUGGAGUUUUCGACUGUGCCUACCAGGAGUCUAUGAGUCUCUUUAACAAAGCCAUGGAGCCAAUCAGAGCUGAUGAAUUUUACCAGCUGCUGCAAAGCUACCUGCAGCAGGAAGUCGACCACUUCCACCACUGGAAAGACCUGGAGAUGUUCAUCAACAACUUCUUCCACAACGGAGUGUUCAUUCACGACCGGAUGCUGUUCACAGACUUUGUCAGCGGCGUUGAGGACUAUCUGACCGACAUGCAUGAGUACCAUGGACUUGAUGACAAUGUGUUUGGAGAUCUUGAUGAUUUCGUCUACCGCCACUUCUUUGGAGAGGCUUACACAAGAAGCUAUGGCCCAAACGGGCCGUUUGAGAGACCCAACACAGACUCCAAGGAGACGAGGGCAAAGCAUCAACAGCGAAAGCAGCAGAGAGCUCGACCUCGACCACACAGUGAGCGCAAGUGGAGCCGAUCAGGAAGAAACGCAGACCGACACAUGGCUGAUGUGAAAAUAGAACUGGGUCCAAUGCCAUUUGAUCCGAAAUACUGAUAAAUCUUAACCAGAUUAAUAUUAUAGUUGCAAAUUCUAUGUCGAGUUGUAUGUAGAUGCUAAACUUUUUUUUUUUUUGAAUUGUACGUUUGCACAAUGUUAACUUUUCAAUGCUACUGAAUGUUGUUGAUCUGUUUGUGUUCAGUGAAGUAAUUAUUAGGUUCCAAAUGGAAGAUGUGGCAUAUUUGACAUCAUUUGCACAUGAGAAGUAUGAAGACGUUUUUAUUUUGGCCCUUAAAUCAUUGAUCUGAUGAAGACUUUCUUCUGAAACACGAUCGGUACUACAUAUGUUUAAAAAGAGACUUUAAAAUAAUGAGCAGAUGUUCUGGAAUUUGAAACCAAAUUCUAAAAAACAAAAGAUAUGCUGCAUUUUGGAUGUUUCUGUGUCUGGUCAUGUAGUUGUUUGAAUUUGCUGCUACAGAGACAGCAUUGUGUGACGGUAUUGUGUGUUGUUAUGCUUAGUGAGUUAAUAUGUUAAUAUGCAGUUUUCUAACAUUCCACCUCGAGCUUGUUUUAACUGGACCUGGCAGUUUUACUUGUUCGUUUACAUAUGUUGGGGAAAAGACUGGAAAAAAACACUCAUUUGAGACAGUGAUGUUUAAAAAAAAAAGUGAGUUUAAUAUCAGUAGCAAAUUAAUCUCAUGUGACAUUGUUCUUGAGGAAAGAAAAUUGCCAUUGUUCCAGUGUUUGUCAGUGCCUUUCAUAAAUAAAUAUGCUUCCUCCAA